CCCAUUUUUCAGUCUGUAGAUCUAAAUUUUCAUAAACUAGUUUCUUGGUGUUCUGAGUUGCUGCUUGUAGCAUUGCUAUCCUAAGCAUUUCCAUUUGAACUUAUAUCCCCAAAUUGGUUAAUGACAUGAUUUUGUUUAUAAUGCAUCUCUGGAUGUUAAUUGUUUUCCACUUCCAUUCCUAUGUUGAUGGUAUCAUCAAAAAAAUCUUUUGCAUUAGUAUGAUGGAAUACUAGCUUUUCUUUUUUAUUUGUGUCAAAUGAAAAUUGAAUAUGAAUAUUAAUAUUUGUCUCAUGUUGAGAAUUUACAUGCUCGUUAAUUCUUGCACCUGAUUCCUUUCUUUCUCUACUCACGAUGUUCAUAUCAUAAUUCGUAUUUGGAAAAUUUUCAAAUUUAAUCUGUCAAAAGGUUUCGUCUGUGGGUGUUGGUGUUUGGGCUGUUCCAAACAGAUUUUGCACUAUUUUUUUUGAUAUAUUUAAAAAUUAUUAACUGCUAUGCAUCCUGUGCUUGGUGUCCAUACUGGCCUGGCACAGGCAAGCACUUGAAACCUUGAUUUGCCAUCUCUGGGUCUACUAGUAGUCUGCUUUGUACUGUGAACUUAAUCUUCUAGUUACAAGUUAUUGAACCAGUUUUAAUGUUCCUUUUGUUUUAGCAGAUCUUGUUUCUAAUACAUUAUAAUCUUUAUUCAUAGAUAUGCAGUAUUGCAGUAGCUGCUUUUUCAGCAAUUCUUGAAAAUGACUUGUAUAUUUGUAAUUACAAGUGGUGCAAAUGUACUAUUGCUUCUUCAGUACAAUUUCUUACCUUUUUUUAAUCAAGGAAUACAUGCUUCAAAUGCUUUUUGAUUUAUUAAAAGAACAGGAUGUAUUAGGUUAUUCUAGUCUUCUGUAUUUACUUUUAUGAUGAUUGUUUUGAAGGAUAUGACAACAUUAAAUAUGCACAUGAAUAUUUAGCGCAGUGGCGAUUUGUGCCAAUUAAAAUCAUGAAAUCUUGAUGCUCUGGAGUACGAGAUCAUUUAUAAUUCUCACCUUUCAAAUACAUAUAUCGGAAGUAAAAUAUCAUCUUAGAUUCGGUGAGCAGAAUUGUUGCUGAGAAGAAAAAAAACAUUGACAUAGUUGCGUGGUUGAAUUGUUGCAUUAUAUUAACACGUGAUUUUGUAAAGUAGAUAAUCACGAAGCAAGCAAUCGUGGGCUGAUAAACCAUAUGGUCAUGGAAUUGUCUAAGACAACAGUGGGCAUAAUCACUAUAGAUGCUUUCAGAAUUCUAUUUUUGCUUGGUUCUAAAUCUUAACCUCUUGGAUAAAACAAAAUCCUAAGUUAUGACAUCAUAUAUCUCACUUCCUGAUUUUUUUCCUGCUUCUAAAGGACAGUGAUUGGUAUUUUAAAUUAAUUCCCAUCGUGGUUGUCUUACACUUUCUUGUUUCUUGACUCUUCAAGACAUAUCUGAGUCCUAUUCAAAGACUUUUUUUGUUGAACAUACCUAUAUUAUUUUUGUCUGACCCCUGCAACAUUUUUAUAAAUGAUGCAUCUUGACUUCAUGUAUCGUAUUCCGUUUUAACCUUACAUGCCUAGGCCCUCAUAGUGCCAACUUCACUUAUAGUGCCAGCUUCACGUCCGUAAAGCAUGUGCAGUCACUUAGUCUGGACAUGCCUUUCCACAAUGUUAUCUUGUGCCUUAAUCCACAUAAUAUCAUUGUGCAUCACUCCAUUUUCUUUGAUUUUUUUAGAUCUAAUUUAGCUAAAAUUUUCAGAUGGAAUAUCCUUGGCUUCCAUACAUUUGUUUUCUUUUCUAAGCCUACUAUGCUCAACUUUAUAGGGAAGUGGGCUGGGCUUGAUACUUCUUAUGAAGUGAACACCAUAUUAGCUGCAAACCUUAGCACCUCUCAAAUAUUGUUGAUUCAUCAUCAACAAAUGCACUGAGACAUAGGAUCAAGGUCUGCUGAACCGACCUGUACCGGUCGGUUCAGCCCGUACCGGACCGGUACCGACUGUUACCGGUCCAGUACGAGGGUAUAAAACGGUUCCGACCCAUUAUGGGUCGGAACCGUUCGGUUCGACCCCCGUACCGGUGCGGUUCGCACCGGUAUAUAACUGAACCGGGUUCGGUUUGCACCGGUACAUAACCGAACCGGUGCGAACCGAGCCGGUUCGCACCGGUUCGGUGCUGAAACCAGCGUGGCCACAGCGUUGGAGUGCCACAGUGUGGCACUUUGACAAAGUGCCAGUGUGGCACUUCGAAGGUGCCACACUGGGGCACUUUCGAAGGUGCCCCUUUGUGCGGCACUUCGAAGUGCCGGUGCGGCACUUUGAAGGUGCAAGUGCCGCACCGUGGCAAAAUCCAACGUGCACAGUGGCUCAACGGUUGGCUAUAAAAGCCGACCGAAUGCAAUCAACAAAUCCAUCAGCUUAGGUGAAGAAAAGGCAGAGAGAAAGGAGGAGAUAAAGAAGCGAAAGGCGUGAAAAAAAAUUAGAAGGGUCGGAGAGCGUCGUUUUUCUUGAAGAAAAAUCCAGCAAAAACUAAAUAAGGUAAAAUUUCUUUCCCCUACAUUGGUUUUUUAAUAUUUCAUUUAAAUUGCUUAAAAAGAUUAAGUCAAAAAUUGCCAAAAAAUAGGAAAUGAUUCAAUGAUUCCAUUUCGUCUUGAAUUUUUUAUAUGUUGUCGAUAUAUGGACAAUGUUAAUGAUGACAUUAACUUUUGUUUUUACAGAAUUUAUAUAAUUUAUAAUUUAAUUAAAAAAUUAAUUAAAUAAUUUUUAAUUACAAAAAAAUAGAAAUUGAAAAAAAUUAAUGUGGUCGUAGGAAUGGAGCCAUCAAGAAGAGGGCAACCCCAAGAGCGUAAUAUUGGCUGGGAGCAUGGGAAGAUGCUCGGUGAACGGCACCAGUUUCAGUGCAAUUAUUGCCACAAGUGCUUCAAAGGAGGAGGGGUAACCAGAUUAAAGCAACACUUAGCCGGUAAUUCUCGUGAGAUAUCUGCAUGUUCGGAGUGCCCACCGAGUACCCGUCAGCUGAUGAGGAAAAACCUUGCUGAGAUCAAAGCAGCCAAGGAGAGGGCUGCCAAACAGAAAGCGGAGGUGGAACGCCAAGCUGCAGAAGCACCUUCCUAUCACUUGAUGGAGUCACAGGAGGUCGAGGGUCCAGAUGAAGAGGCACAGAUCCAGGCUGCCAUGCGGGCGAGUCUGGAUGAUCGGUGGCAGCAGGAGGUGGCGAGGCAUCGGGCUCGAUUUGGGCCCUCGUUUUUCGAGUCGGGCGCCGGUUCUGGUGGAAGCAGACAAGAUCCAGAGUUUCAAAGGACAACCUCAGUCAGGGAGGGCGAGGGCAGAGGACGUAGCCGGAUUGCAUCUAUCUUGGGUGGUUUUGGUGGCCGAAAGAAGUCUUCCGGAGGGAUUCCACCAGGUGCGUCAAUCCAUGAUGUAGAUCCGCAUGCCUUCCACAGGAGAGAUUCGAAGCAGCAAAGAGUAGACACAAUGUGGAAGAAGGAGAAGAAGAAAGAUAUGUGGCGAGCUAUUGGAUCCUGGUUCCACUUCAGCCACAUUCCAGCGAAUGCUGCAGACAAUACAUACUACAAGUCUGCCAUUUCUGCCAUACAGUCUGCCGGUCCCGGUGUCGAUCCUCCAGGCCCGAAGGACAUCUACGGUGAGCUUCUUGACAACAAUGAGGAGCUAGAGAAUUGGAUUGGCUCAUAUAAGAGCAAGUGGCCCACAUAUGGGCUCACUCUGAUGUGUGAUGGUUGGACCGGUCCGACAAAGCGGGCCAUCAUCAACUUUCUGACAUACUGUGAUACAAAGACCUUCCACCAGUCAGUUGAUGCUUCGGAUAAGGUGCACAACGCCAAUUACAUCCUCAGACUUAUGGAGGAGGUGAUUGAUCAGAUUGGAGAGGAGAAUAUCGUGCAGGUCGUCACUGAUAACGGGCCGCAAUAUAAGUUGGCCGGGCAGGUCUUGAUAGAGUGGCGACCACAAAUUUUCUGGACCCCAUGUGCUGCACAUUGCAUCGACCUCAUCCUGAUGGACACUGGAAAGAUCUGUAGGGUGCAACAUACGGUGGAGAUAGCCCAACGCAUCACCAGGUAUAUUUAUAGCCAUACUUGGGUUUUUUCAUUAAUGAGAAGGUAUGCAGGGGGAGAAAUUCUUAGACCAGGAGUCACACGGUUUGCUACGAAUUACAUUGCACUUGAUAGCCUUAUCGAGAAGAAAGGAGCCCUACGUCAGAUGUUUGUCAGUCCCGAGUGGCAGGAAAGUAGAUAUGCCCAGGCCGGCACUGAAGGAAGCAGAAUGGAAGACUUGGUAAGCAGGCAGUCAUUCUGGCAGCGGGCCAAUGCGAUAGUCAAGGCUAUCAAACCAUUAUAUGAAGUACUGCGGGCCGUGGAUAGCGAGAGGUACCCCCAGAUGGGCUUUUUGUAUCACAUGAUGAAGAAGGCAAAGGCUCAGAUCAUGGAGGCAGAUGUAGCCCAUGCCCAGGAGUACAUCGACAUCAUUGAGCGGCGAUGGGGAGCCCAAAUGGGUAGGGAAUUGCAUCUAGCAGGUAAGCGAUAAUAUUGAUAAUUAUACUGAUUGAUAUAUUUGUAUAAUUAUACUAAGAUGGUGUCAUCUAUGUGCAGCAUACUAUCUGAAUCCUCGGUUUCAGUACGAGAGUGGAAUUGGUAUGGAUGAUGAACUUCUUCAUGCUCUGCGUAAUGUUAUUUAUAAGAUGGAGCCUGAUCCAGAAAUCGCCGCGUCAUGUAUAGAAGAGGUAACUAUGAUUUAGUAACAUAUGUAAAUAUAUCGGAUCUUAUAUUAUUGACAUACUACAACAAGCUUCUUUCCACAGACCAAAUUAUUUCGAGAGGGCAGCCAUAGCUUUGGACAGCGACCAGCUGUCGUGAGCAAGACAACUAUGAAUUCAGCUGAAUGGUGGAUUCAUUUUGGCGGAUCCGCAAAAAAUCUUAAGCGGAUAGCUAUCCGGAUUCUCUCCCAAACGGUCUCCUCGAGUGGCUGUGAGCGCAACUGGUCCGCCUUCGGCCUCAUCCACAGCAAAUAGAGAAACCGUUUGACACAAAAGCGCCUCAACGGCCUAGUUUAUGUGCACUACAAUCUGCGGUUGAGGCUAAAAUGCAUUCAGGAGGAAGUGGAGCUCAAGUAUGCAGAUCCCAUCUAUAGGACUUUUACAGAUGAUGAAGAUAAUCCUAUGCUCGACUGGCUUGCGGCCCAGCAGCAGGAGCCCGAGCUUGAUGAGCCAGGAUCGCCUCGACGACUAGCCAGCAUCAUAGCCACUGAGGCUAUGGUCGAUCCACAGCAAUGGGCUGAGGGCAACAUUCCACGUACUCCUACAGCUGAUAUGACGUGGCUAGAGGGGAGCCAGUCACCGCAUGACUGGUACGAUGCUUCCAUUCAGAGAGAUGAUCCUCUCAUGCGAGGACGAGGACGCUCUAGUACCCAGUCGACUCGAUCAGAAGGGCGUCAAUCCCAGCAAAGAAGAAAAGGAAAGGAAAGGGCUCCAAUGGAGAGUGUCGAGGAGACUUGGAUCAGCAGCGAUGAAGGUUCUGGUGGUGAUGGAUCUACUAGCCAUGGAGGAAGUGGAGGACAGUAUGGUACUACUUAUAAGACACAGCCGGAGGAAGGUUUUCGAUACACCGGUGAGUCUCAGUUUACGCAUGCUACACAAGAUACGGACCAUAGUAGGCCGUCUGAUAUAGGCCGGUCGAAUACCAUUGCAUAUCGAAGAAGAGCUCCUCGAGGUCGUUCAAGAGGCCAGGAUGCAGCUGCAGAUGACCUUCCAUGUGGAGUCGGAUCCAUUGAUGUAUCAAGUUCCGAGUCUUCCUAUUAUCCGCAGCCUCAGCCAGCCUAUGGAUAUGGUGCAUCGGAGUCAUCUGCCGGUGGCUACUACCCUGCGCAGCCCGGAGGGUCUUACGGGUCGGAUUUUGGUACCGGCAUAUUCGGAUGGGCCCCUUAUCAAGACACCUCUCAGAGCCAGAGUUUCAGCGAGAGAUCCGAGAGUUCUUAUGACCCGACGCGCAUUCCUCGAUGAUUGAGCAUACAAGACUACAAUGCCGCUUGGUUAGAGGGAUGGGUUGAUCUGCCUCCAUAUUAUGCUGAUAAUCCAGAUAUUGACGAGAAGCAUCGCCACUCGAUCCGAUUUUAGAUAUUCGAGAGUGCUUUAAAUGUAUGUAAUUGAUUGUAUCUUAAUUUGAAAAUAUUUUAUGUUCUUCAUCUCAUUAUUUGAAUCAUUUGGAAGUAAUAAGUUGCAUCAUCUAGUUUUAACCUUAAACCUAAACAUAAAAACAUUAAAAAAGUAUCCAAAAGUGAAAGAACUCCCCCAAAAAAAAAAACGACAAUGGGGUCGAAACCAGGCCGAAUGUGCCCCAUCGGUACGGUAUCGGAUCGGCUCGGUUUGGCACCGGUACCGUACCAUUACUGGAGCCGACCGGUACGUCGGUACCAUCGGUACCGCGAACCUAUGAUAGGAUUGAUUUGGUGUUGUUGAGAAGAAGUCCUUUUGUGACUUCUAAAGUAAAAUAAUUGCUUUUGUAAAGAAUAAAUAUUUAGUUAUGUAACUUGAGAUGUGCUUAUCAUUUGAGCAUAAGCCAAGAAGUGGCUGUUAGGAGAAGCUAGAAAAAAAUCAUCUAGGCUUAUAUGCAUUUGCUCUGUGUUUUGUUUUCUUGAUGAUCCAAGCCAAGAAACAGACAUUUUUUGUUCCUUCCUCACCUCCAUGUAAGGCAAUUUUUAGGUUUGAAAAUUUUAUAUUGGUAAUCCUUUUAAACCCAAGUAAAUCCUAUAUAUAGAUGUAUAAGUUAGAUCCUAGUCCUAGACAAAGUUUCCUUUUGGGUCUACUAAACUAGAGUGGAGCCCACCUCCCUCAACGUUGCUCCAAAGUUUAGUUUGGAUCCAUAUGGUUCAGCAUUGACCCAAGCCUAGCUCAAGCUAGACCAAAACCUGAUUUCUCCACGCACGCCGCAGAAAAAUCAGAACGCAGCAGAAGGGCAUGCGCGAG